GGCGAGAGCUGCGUUGUCGAGAAUGAUGCACGGAAACGUACAUCAUUGCUACUGGCCGGCAAGGAGAAAAUCCAAGAGAAAAAAGUCUUGACAAAGAGCUUGCUGUUGCACUGCAACGUGAGAGAGGUGGUCUUCAGUACAGUUCAAAUGUUGCAGGUGUGUCAUCUCCUGGGAAAAGAUAACGAUUUUAGGGGCGACAAUUGGCUGUGACACCACCACAAUUUAUGCGCCUUCGCAAGUAUGUCUCUACAAAGUGGUUUCGGUGUUACGGCGCUGCUAGUCGCUCUGAUCUGUUUGAGCGCACUCGCCGUGGAAAGUUCAAAUGACAGCUGCAUGGCCAGGAUGAUCAUGAAGGCGGGUAUUGCACGCGGCAAGGCACUGGACUACGAACAACGGGCACUGAGGGUACCCAUGAACCUGGAUAACAUCUCUCAAAUAUUCUGGCCCGCGCUAGCUGUGUUCCUGAACAACACGAGGACUUUUGACGCUCGCACCAUUCAGAAAUGUAUAAGACGAAAAUUGCGGAAAUGCAGAGGAUUUUCACCCUGCGCCAACGGUGGGCAGUGCGAGCUGUCACCAGGGUCACCCUACGACGUAUCAUAUGAAUAUGUAUGCAAGUGCCAGGAAGGCUAUCACGGAGCCCACUGCGAGACACCAUUGCCCACCCCCACCGACGAUUCCCGGAGCUUGGAAGUCAAAGUUGCUCAGCUAGAGAAGCAGGUUCACGACUUGGAGGAUAAGACCAAGUAUCUAGGUAGCGGCUGCAACCUCCGGACGCUGGGUUACAAGUAUCUGAGCACCUACAGCAUCAUCACGGAGAGGCAAGAUGGACGUAUUGCGACGAUUGCGUUCACCAAGACGUUCUCGCACACCGUACUUAAGCUUUCGUAUUCCACUAGCAUCAAUUCUCAGCUUCAAUUCCCCAACGCCCGAUGGUACUUCAAAAUAGACGGGAAGGAGUGCGCACAGCCCACCACGAUCGACAUCAUGAAAAUCCAGGAUAACGGAAUGAGUUUGAGUACUCCAGGCACCCUGACUGGAAUAUGCGAAUCAAUCAGCUAUACUGGUGGAAAGAUCGCAACUGGAAAACACGAAAUAGCCGUUCAUUUUGAGAAUUUGGACUCUGACGUCAACACUUACCACGGCUUGCUGUCAACGUCCUUACUGGAAGUACAGGAAAUGUGCCCGCAGUUUUAAACAUGGGCAAGGAGACGGGCAAAGUAUGCAGCUAGCCUUUUGGUGAUAUCUCAGUACUUGUUCGUCAUAAUCUACAGAUACUCGACGUUGAAAAAACUGGAAGGUUCCAGGCUGUCCAAGAGAGUGUUCAAUACCGAUUAGUGCGUGAAACUCGGAGUUAAAACAUUUUCUCUGUCGUCUUACUGUUUUAGACUCGACGUUGAUCUUGAUAUCCAGCUCACCUAUGUUAGUGCAAGGUUUGCUUUCUAUUGAUCACGCCUUACACGAUAUUGUUCGGCUCCAUUCUGCCGUAGUAGCAUAGAGUAUAAUGCAGACGGUAUUUUCUCCUCGUUUGCAUAAUGAGAGGGAUGCGAAGUGGCCGUCAAAUCACAUUAUAGGGACACUUAUAGAAGUAAAUACCGAAUCUGCACGGGAAUCUGGUCGGCUAUGAGUAUAUAGAUGAAGAACUGCAUUCAUUCAGUGAGAAAUUCAUCACUCUGCGUAGAAGCAGACAGCGUGCUCUCUGGUUGUCAGAAUGCCAGUACACAGAGCGCUGGAAGCGUUUACACCUGUGUCCGCCGAUGUUGUCUGAAACACGGCAUUAUAUGAUUUGCUAGUAUCUAUUUGUAUUUGUGUGUAUAUACACUUUGCUAUUGUGAUCCUAGCUCAUUUGCAAAGAAAAUGAGA